AUGGCUAGGAAGACGCUUGUGUUGUGCUUUAUUCACGGCUUCCGAGGUGGCAACUUUACAUUUGGACAAGAUUAUCGGUUUACAGAGCACCUGCGGGACAUGGUCGCCAAGGAGCUGCCCAAGAUUGACGUCAAGGUUCUGGUGUAUCCCAAAUAUGAGACGCGCGGAGACCUUGGCGAGUGCGUGAUGCGCUUCCGCACGUGGCUGGAAGAAAAAGUGAUUGAUUUGGAAGUCGCGGCGGGCACGCCGUCGCCCACCAUCGACCCGUCAGUCCGGACCAUUCUUGUCGGCCACUCCAUGGGCGGCAUCAUGGCCGUCGAGUCGGUGCUGGGGAUCGCCUCGGAGCAGCCCAUCUACUCCCAGGACGGCAUCCAAAAGUCCGAGAUUCCCAACUUUAGCAGCCUGCUGUUUCCCUACGUGCAGGGCGUGCUGGCCUUUGACACGCCCUUUCUCGGCAUCUCGCCCGGCGUCGUGGCGCACGGCGCCGAGGGCCACUACCAGGCCGCGUCCGCCACCAUUGCCCAGCUGAGCGGCCUAGGCGCCAGCCUCUGGGGCGCGAACCAAGCCGCGACGACGAGGGUUUCGUCAUCGAGAGCCAUUGGCGCGCCCGCGCAGCAGCAGAAGCAAGGGUGGCCGGCGUGGGGCAAGGCAGCCAUGAUGGUCGGAGCCGCGGGGGCGGUGGCGGCGGGCGGGGCGGCGGCAUGGCUCAACCGCGAGCAAAUCGGCGAGGGCUUCUCGUCGGUGACGUCGCAUCUCGAGUUUGUGGGAUGCCUGGCGCGCGCCGAGGAGCUCAAGAAGCGCGUGCGGUGCAUGGUGCAGCUGAGCGGCGAGAUGCGGCUCGGGUUCGCAAACCUGUACACGAGGCUGGGCAAGGCGGCGGCGCCGAAGCAGACGAGCGUCGUGGGGACGGUCAUGGGCAAGGACCGCACGUUUUGUAAUGUGCCGACGGCGAUGCCGGCGGGCGAGUGGAAGCCGGCGGUGAAUGACAAGGCGACGGACGAGAUUGGCGCACAUACAGAGCGGCUAAUCGCAGGGGAAAAUGCCCGGCUGGCAGCCAUGUUUGAGGAGGAUGAAAAUCCAGGCUACGACACAUUGCUGAUUGAUGCGGCGGCGCGUAUCACUAGCUGGCUACACAAUGACUGGUACGAGAGCAGCACGGAAGAGAUACCCCAGGCCAAUCAGGCGACUCCGGCAUAG